AUGGAGCCUCUAACUAAUGAUGUCGGCGAGACCAAGUCCGAUGCUGCAAAUCACAAAGAAUGUAGCAGACGACGCAGGACAAAGCCCAAGGUAGGCUCAAGCCGAAUCGCCUGUGGCGCCGGAGCAGGUAGGCCUACGAACGAGUUGGCAACGAAAAAGUCUCCACGUUUAGGCGAUAAUCUGACGACAGUAGAUGGGCUUCUGGGAGCAAUUAAGGCCGUUACGCGACGGAGCGUGGCUGCCGAAGGAGUGGGGCAGAUAUGGGCGAUGAUGUGA